UAGGACAUAGAUUCCAGCCUGCUGGUAUGCAAUCAGUGUGAACACAAAUCAAACAAGAGAAUCUGCCUGAAAAUCAAGUAUCCAUCUUUGAUUGUUAUAUACAAAGAACAUAAAUUGAUGCGAUGUCGUCUAGAGGAAAGGUUGUUCUUAUUACAGGUGCCAGCUCUGGUAUCGGAGAAGGAACCGCAUUGGAGCUUGCAUCACGUGGUUAUCAAUUAUGCCUGACUGGAAGAAAUAUGGAAAGGCUAAGCAAAGUUAAGGAAAAGUGCAUUCAGGAAGGGCUACAAGAAGAACAGAUAUUGGUUGUCCAAGGAGAUAUGUGCAGUGACUCUGAUGUUGAAAGAAUCGUAAAAGAGGCUGUGGACUUCUUCGGCUCAAUCUUUGGUUUGGUGAACAAUGCUGGAAUUCCUUGCCCAGGAAACUUGCAGACCAUAAAGAUGUCCACGUUCGACAAAGUGAUGAACUUGAAUCUUCGCUCCGUUGUUCUCAUAACCAAACUCGUGAUACCAUAUCUUAUUGAAAGCAAAGGGUGUAUCGUGAAUGUUUCCAGUGUAGCCAGUCUGACAUCAACUGACUACAACCCUGUAUACAGCAUAGCGAAGGCAGGUUUGGAUAAAUUUACUGAAAACGCAGCCGUUGAAUUGGCGCCUCAUAAAAUCCGUGUGAAUUCUGUCAAGGACGUGAAGGAGUCAUGUAAGAAUACACAUGCGCUCGGCAGACAUGGAGAAAUGGCUGAAGUUACAAAAGCAAUAGCAUUCCUCAUCUCGGAAGAUUCGUCAUUCAUCACUGGCGUGAGAAUUCCGAUAGAUGGCGGCAGACACGUCAUGAUUAAAAGUUAAUUUUAACACAAGAACAAAAAGCUGGAAGCUUUAUCCAAGGAGUAAUGUGUUGUGUUUCUGUGCCAUACACAAUUAUCUGCAUAUUAAAGCCCGAUGUCUUAAAAUUGGUUAAAAAUCCAUCAGGAUUGGUAGUGCCAGAUCGAUAUUUAAUUUUUAUUUUAUAAAGUAGAACCCUCCUUUGGGACACUCCUAUUAGGGCACACUUCUUUGGUGCCGAAGGCGUUUCCUUAAUAGGUGUUCUACUGUAUUUUUAAUAUAAAAUUUAAUUUCUAUUUAUUCAAGUUAAAUCAGACAUGGCUGAAUGAUUUCCGUAUAUAAUAACAGUGAGGGAUACAAAAUCCACAAAUAUUUACUUAAAAGAUUAAUUAAAAAAGUACAUUUUUUUAACAUGACAUUAGGCAUAAUGAAAACAAUUAAAAUAUUUUUCAAUUUAAAAUUAUGAUGAUGAUAAUUAGAAUGAAUUAUGAAUGCAUAAUUCUUACAUUAAGAAUAAAACUCAAAAUUCGAAAACCUUUAUAUAAAA